AUGAAGCUACUUUGUGUUAAAGAUUUUAAAAAUUUUAAAUUUGAUUCGAAUUGGAGUUCAUUUGAUUAUUUGUUAGAGGUAGCAAGAACAGGACGUGAAAAAUUAAAGAAGAAAACUUUGAAGAUCAAACAAGGUGAAGAAAAGACAAGACAAGGUUUGGCAUUCAAGUUGAAGUAUUUUAAAAACAAUGCUCAAGAGGCUAUCAAUUUUAAGCUGGAGAAGAAGUUGAUCAAGAAUGCCGGUCUUAAAAGAAAACUUAAAAGCAACGAAGAAGAAGAGGGAGGGCUGAAAUUGAAGAGAAGCAGGAUAGGUAUACCAAGUUGUUCUAACCCACCGUCAGACUUGCCUGAAAACUUCAAAGAGCAUAUUGUUGGCAAGAUGGGUGGUUCAGAUUGGCUUCUGGUAAUACAAAAACCCAUCUUUUUCUCAGACGUAAAUCCUAGAGCCAGUCGGUUCUCCAUACCAUUCUCCCAAAUCCAAAGUCAUGAAUUUCUCUACAAAAAAGAGGCAGAGGAUUUGAAUGCCGAAAAGGGUAUGGAGGUGCGCUUGUUAGAACCAUCCUUAGAGGAGACUACACUGAGCUUUAGGAGGUGGAACAUGGUGAAAACCUCAAUGUAUGUUCUGACCACAAUGUGGAAUUCGGUUGUUAAAAAUAAUCAACUCGAGAUUGAUGAUGUGGUGCAGCUGUGGUCGUUUCGAGUUGAAUCCUGCCUUUGCUUUGCACUUGUUAAGGUUGAUGAUGUCCAGAAAGGAAUCGAAGAAUGGGUUAGGCACAGCGUGAGCAAUGAAAACGGUGCAAGUUCAAGUCAUCAAGAAGAGGGACGUGGUGGUUGUUGA